AUGUGUCAUCAAAUUGCAUAUUCCAUAGGAAUUCCCAGUGAGCAGUGGGAACAUAAGGAACAUAAGGAACAUAAGGAACAUAAGGAACAUAAGGAACAUAAGGAAUAUAAGGAACAUAAGGAACAUAAGGAACAUAAGGAACAUAAGGAACAUAAGGAACAUAAGGAACAUAAGGAACAUAAGGAACAUAAGGAACAUAAGGAACAUAAGGAACAUAAGGAACAUAAGGAACAUAAGGAACAUAAGGAACAUAAGGAACAUAAGGAACAUAAGGAACAUAAGGAACAUAAGGAACAUAAGGAACAUAAGGAACAUAAGGAACAUAAGGAACAUAAGGAACAUAAGGAACAUAAGGAACAUAAGGAACAUAAGGAACAUAAGGAACAUAAGGAACAUAAGGAACAUAAGGAACAUAAGGAACAUAAGGAACAUAAGGAACAUAAGGAACAUAAGGAACAUAAGGAACAUAAGGAACAUAAGGAACAUAAGGAACAUAAGGAACAUAAGGAACAUAAGGAACUUUUGGAUAAUAAAAAGAGGGAAAGAAUGUGA